AUGAAGUCAACAGCGUCCGCGCAUACUAUUGAGGUACUCCGAUCCGUGUUCGCGAGAAACGGUAUUCCUGAGCAACUGGUGAGCGACAAUGGUCCUCAAUUUACAUCAGCGGAGUGCGCAGUUUUCAUGGAAAUGAACGGUAUCCGUCACACGACAUCGGCACCGUAUCAUCCGCGAACGAAUGGGUUGGCAGAGAGGUUUGUACAGACAUUCAAGCAGGCUAUGAAAGCUUCGGAGUAUGACAGUGGUACCAUGCAAAAAAAACUCUCAAAGUUUUUACUGGCAUACCGAACCACACCCCAAUCUGAAACACCAGCAAGUCUACUCAUGGGACGCACUAUCGAAACGCGUUUGGAUCUUAUAAAGCCGAACUUGAGCAAGUCUAUGUCAGUAGCGAACGAUCAGGGUCUGUUGGAGAGCGUUUCCAUGCAGAGAGUGCGCGAAUUCGAUGUUGGGAACCCAGUUUCAGUGCGUGACUAUCGCGGAAAUCAUAAAUGGACGCCCGGUGUAAUCGCGUCGCAAUCUGGGCCUUUGUCCUAUCAGGUCCAAGUGGCACCAGGGCAGUGUUGGCGUCGUCAUGCGGACCAAAUACUCGGUUCAUGCUCUCCAUCGCUACGCAGUCCUUCGCUGUUUGGUGACGAUGCACCACAGGUGGUGGAAACAGACAUUUCCGAAUCAGUGGUGUCCGUGCCAAUGGACACAAGCGCGAGUCAGGUUCAGUGGGACACUGGUAUUACCCUGUCGAAGGUCACACCAGGAGUGACACCCAUGUUGAGACGCUCCAAGAGGUCUAAGAAGACCCCAGAGCGAAUGGAUUUGUAG